ACCAUCAGCAGCAGAGGAAGAAGAAGGACCACCACCACCACCACCACCAGCAGAGAAGAAGCACCACCAACAGAGGAAGAAGAAUGACCACCACCACCACCAGAGAAGAAGGACCACCACCACCAGCAGAGGAAGAAGGACCACCACCACCAGCAGCAGCAGAGGAAGAAGGACCACCACCACCAGCAGCAGCAGAGGAAGAAGGACCACCACCACCACCAGCAGAGGAAAAAGGACCACCAUCACUAGCAGUAGCAGAAGAAGAAGGACCACCACCACCAGCAAAGGAAGAAGAAAGACCACCACCAGCAGUACCAGAGAAGAAGGACCACCACCAGCAGAAGCAGAGGAAGAAGAAGGACCACCAGCAGCAGCAGCAGAGGAAGAAGGACCACCAACAACAGCAGAGGAAGAAGAGAGGAUCACCACCACCACCAGCAGAGAAGAAGAAGGACCACCACCACCACCAGCAGAAGAAGAAGGACCACCACCUCCAGCAGAGGAAGAAGAAGCACCACCACCAACAGCAGAGGAAGAAGAAGGACCACCACCACCACCUCCAGCAUAGGAAGAAGAAGCACCACCACCAACAGCAGAGGAAGAAGAAGGACCACCACCACCACCAGCAGAGAAGAAGAAGCACCACCAUCACCACCAGCAGCAGAGGAAGAAGAAGGACCAUCGCCACCAACAGCAGAGGAGAGGAAGAAGCAUCACCACCACCACAACCAGCAGGGGAAGAAGAAGCACCACCAUCACCAACAGCAGAGGAAGAAAAAGCACCACCACCACCAACAGCUGAGGAAGAAGAAGGACCACCACCAUCACCAUCACCACCAGCAGAGGAAAAAGAAGGACCACCACCACCAACAGCAGUAGAGGAAGAAGAAGGACCAUCACCACCACCAGCAGCAGAGGAAGAAGAAGGACCACCAGCAGCAGAGGAAGAAAGACCAGCAGCAGCAGAGGAAAAAGUAGCACCACCACCAACAGCAGCAAAGAAUGAAGAAGGACCACCACCACCACAACCAGCAGAGGAAGAAGAAGGACCACCACCACCACAACCAGCAGAGGAAGAAGAAGGACCACCACCACCACCACAACCAGCAGAGGAAGAAGAAGGACCAUCACCAACACCACAAUUAACAGCAGCAGAGGAAGGACCACCACCACCACCACCACCAGAGAGAGAAGAAGCCACCACCAGCAGGAACAAAUGAAGUAAGACCACCACCAGCAGAGGAAGAAGAAGCACCACCACCACAACAAGAGGAAGAAGCACCACCACCACCAGCAACAGAGAAAGAAAGAUCACCACCAGAGGAAGAAGAAGCACCACCACUGCCAGCAGAGAAAUAAAGACCACCAGCAGAGGAAGAAGAACCAGCACCACUAGCACCAGCAGAGGAAGAAGUAGCACCACCACCCGCAGCAGCAGCACCAUCACCACCACCACCACCAGAGGAAGAACCACCACCACCACCACCAGCAGAAGAAGAAGGACCACCACCACCACCACCACCACCACCAGAGGAAGAAGGAUCUCUACAAACAGUAGCAACAGCAGACUGAUCACCACCAGUAGCAAGCAGAGGAAGAAGGAUUACUACCACAAACAACAAAAAAACAGAGGAAGAAGAAGGACCAACCACCACCACCAGCAGAGGAAGAAGAAGCAGCACCACCAAAAUAAGAGGAAGAAGCAGGAGAGGAAGAAGAAGAAGGACCAGCAGCAACAGCUGGAAGAAGAGGAAGAAGAAGCACCAAAACCAGCAGCAGAAGAGGAAGAAAUGCUAAAAACAGCAGCAGAGGAAGAAGAAAAAGGACCACCACCACCACCACCACCAGCAGAGGAAGAAGGACCAGCAGUAACAGCAGCAGCAGAGGAAGAAGGACCACUACCACCACCAGCAGCAACAGAGGAAGAAGAAGGACCACCACCACCACCACCACCAGCAGAGGAAGAAGAAGGACCACCACCACUAUCACCAUCAGAGGACCACUACCACCACCACCACCAGCAGCAGAGGAAGAAGAAGAAGAAGGACCACCACCACCAACAGCAGAGGAAAAAGAAGGACCACCACCACUAUCACCAUCAGAGGAAGAAGAAGGACCACCACCACUAUCACCAUCAGAGGAAGAAGAAGGACCACCACCACCAACAGCAGAGGAAGAAGAAGGACCACCACCACCAGCAGAGAAAGAAGAAGGACCACCACCACCAACAGCAGAGGAAGAAGAAGGACCACCACCACCAACAGCAGAGGAAGAAGAAGCACCACCACUAUCACCAUAAGAGGAAAAAGAAGGACCACCACCACCAGCAGAGGAAGAAGAAGGACCACCACCACCAGCAGCAGAGGAAGAAGAAGGACCACCACCACCAGCAGAAGAAGAAGAAGGACCACCAUUACCAGCAGCAGAGGAAGAAGAAGCACCACCACCACCAGCAGAGGAAGAAGAAGCACCACCACCACCAGCAGAGGAAGCAGCACCACUGAACUGACCCUAACAACUUUAAGCACCACCAAACUGAUGAUGGAUAUGGUUAGUUAGGUGAUCCAUGUAGUUGCCAGGGUCAGGAGAAGGAGGAGGAGGAGGAAGAAGCAGCACCCCCACCAAGAAGAAGAAGAAGAAGAAGAAGAAGAAGAAGAAAAAGAUGAAGAAGCACCACCACCAGCAGCAGAAGAGGAAGAAGGACCACCACCACCAGCUGGGAAAGAAGAAGGACCACUGACCACUGAGGAAGCAGCACCUGAAGAAGAAGAAACACCACCACCACCACCAUCAGUAUCAGAGGAAGAAGCAGCACCAUUGCCACCAGAUGAAGAAGGACCGCCACCACCAGCAGAGGAAGAAGAAGCACCACCACCACCACCACCAGCAGAGGAACCACCAGCGGCAGGGGAAAAAGAAGGACCACAGCCACCAACAGAGGAAGAAGGAGCACCACCACCAGCAGAGGAAGAAGAAGAAGCACCACCACUAUCAGCAGCAGACAAAGAGCAGCAGCAUCAGCAGAGGAAGAAGAAAGAUCACCACUACAAUCAACAGAGGAAGAAGAAGAAGAAAAAAAAGAAAGAAAAGCAACAACACCACCACCAUAGGUAGGACUACCACCACCACCACUGGCAGGGGAAGAAGAAGAAGAAGCACUAUCACCACCAGCAGAGGAAGAAUCAACACCACCACCAGAAGAAGAAGAAGGAGCACUACCACUAUCAAAAGAAGAAGAAGAAGCAGCACCAGAGGAAGAAGGACCACCAGCAAAGGAAGAGGAAGCAGCACCACCACCACCACCAUCACAACCACAACACCCCCAUCAGCAGCAGAAUAAUAAAAAUAAGAAGGACCACCAUCACCAGCAGAGGAAGAACAAGGACCACCACCAGCAACAGCAGAAGAAGAAGAACAAGGAUCACCACCACCAGCAGCAGAGGAAGAAAAAGAAGGACCACCACCACCAUCACUAGAGGAAGAACAAGGACCAGCAGCAGCAAAGGAAGAAGGACCACUACCAGCAGCAGCAGAGGAAGAAGGACAACCACCAGCAGCAGCAGAGGAACAAGGACCACCAGCAGCAGCAGCAGUGGAAGAAGGACCACCACCAGCAGCAGGAGAGGAAGAAGGACCACCACCUACAGCACCAGAGGAAGAAGGACCACCACCUGCAGCACCAGAGGAAGAAGGACCACCACCAGCAGUAGCAGAGUAAGAAGGACCACCACCACCAUCAUCAUCACCAACAGAGGAAGAAGAAGGACCACCACCAGCAGCAGGAGAGGAAGAAGGACCACCACCAGCAGCAGCAGAGGAAGAAGGACCACCACCACCACCAUCACCACCAGCAGAGGAAGAAGAAGGACCACCACCAGCAGCAGCAGAGGAA